GUCGAGAAAAUAACACAGACUCUCCAAAAAGAAUCGAACUCUUAUCGAACCCAAAAACGCUCGCACGCUUUCAUUCCCGCCACAACCCCUUCUUCGGCCCCAUCGAUAUUCCGACCUCUCUCUCUCUUCCCUUCUUCCGGUCGAAUUCCGACCAUCGUUAGGGUUCCGACCUCUCGGUCGAUGCUCGGAUCCCGGCAACCUCGCUCCCGAGAACCUGCAAAAUCUCGACCCUAGGGUUCAUCCCGCGAUCCCGUCCUGCAGACAUGCCCGAGCUCACCGACCGGCACAAGGUCCUCAUCCAGGCCCUGAUCUCGCGCGGCCCCCUCAGCGAGAAGGACUUCCACGCCGUCUUCAACGGCGUCGCCGGCAAGCACCCAGCUGAUCAUCAGCAGCUGUUCAACAAUUACCUCCUGAAGAUAAAUAAGGAGCUCUCGCACGUCCAGUGCGAGCUGCGCGGGUGCAGGGACCAAAACGACGGCCGGGUUUUCUAUGGAUUCGUCAAUAACGUCGCCGACGAUCAAUCGGAGCUCGGGACGAAGUACUCGGUUCCGCAGAUCGCUUUCUACAAGUGCAUUGUAGAAGCAAUAGUGCAAGAUGCCACUGCUCAAGGCUGCAUUUCAGAUAUUGAUGCUCUAAAUAUACGGCUGGAAAAUCAGAUGCUGAAUGGAGCUGUGCCGCAGUCACAGGACAACUCUCUUAGUGUCCCUCCUGCAUUCAGGAAUUUUUCUAUAUCCCAGAAAGAAAAAACCCUUGAGCAACUUGUGCGGGACAAGUGGCUUUUUUCUGACUCAGAUGGUAAGAUAGGACUUGGCCUUCGAUCUUUCCUUGAUCUGAGAAGUUGGUUCCGCAGUAAUGAUAUCCCUUCAUGUGAAGUAUGUAACGAAGCUGCUAUCAAGGCGGAAUUGUGCCCAAAUGAUGAUUGUAACAUUCGAAUCCAUCAAUAUUGCCUGAAAAAACGAUUUUCCCAGAAGAAGGCUGAGCGAGUUUGUCCUAGUUGUGGCCAGCAGUGGAGAUGUGUACUGCCCAAAGCGGAAGAAAUAGAGGAAGAGGAUGCUCAAGAUGUGCAAAUCCAAAGCCAACCAGUUCCGCGUCCAAAGAGAAAGAAGCUUCGAAGCGGGGCAGCUACAAAUGCUGACACUCUAUUACCAACUUCAAGUCAAGAUGCCCCUAAUGGUCCUGAUUUUAGAAGGACAACUCGAAGCUCUGCCCGCCUGAGAUCAUGAUGCCGUCCGUUUAUAGUGAGUUAUUCCCUUUUGUAGUGCGGCAGAAGGGCUAGCGUUCUGUAAUUAGCUUUGAGAUUUCUGGUACUAGAUUUUCCCAGUAUAUGUGGUGAUUUUUGGACGCCGCACAUUUUUGCUCGGUUGCCCAUCUGGAAGCUGCAAGCUUCAGUAUUUAUGCUGCAACGAAUAGCUAGCUGGAACUUUGGUCGAGUUAUCAUUUCAUUCAAUUGGGCAAAAUGUAAUGCGCGUUGUCAUC